CAGUUUCAAUCAAGUCUUUGUUAAAAUGGACUCCUGAUGAGUAUUUCGAGCUUUGAUUUUUUUCCAAAUCAGUUCUCGAUCUACUUUUUUGAUAAUUCAACUAUCCUAUCGCGCACUUCGAAGUAAUCUGGCGAUUCGAAUUACUUAGUUCAAUAGGUGUCUGGAGUCAGAAUCUGGGAAAAAGGAAAAAAACUCAUGAGUCAUGAGUAAACUGUCAUCAAGGUUUCGACUCUGAUUUUCUCCUCAUUGGGGAGCUGCACAUACAUCCAAAAAUGAAUCCCGAACAACUAACUCUGAUGGGAACCUCUGUUUGCGUGAUGCUUACGAUGCAUUUUUCAGUUCAGCUUGCUUCAGAGCAUAUCAUGCACUGGACUAAGCCGAAGGAGCAAAAAGCUAUAAUGGUUAUCAUUCUCAUGGCUCCUAUAUAUGCUAUUGACUCUUUUGUUGGUCUGUUAGAUUUUCAGGGGAGCAAACCAUUUUUUAUGUUCUUGGACUCAAUCAAGGAAUGCUAUGAAGCUCUGGUGAUAGCUAAGUUCUUGGCUUUGUUAUACAGUUAUUUGAACAUAUCCAUAAGCAAGAACAUAGUACCUGAUGAAAUUAAAGGAAGAGAAAUUCACCACUCAUUCCCAUUCACUCUGUUCCAGCCUAAAACUGUCCGUUUGAACCAUCAGACGUUAAAGCUUCUGAAAAGCUGGACAUGGCAGUUUGUCGUGAUUCGCCCUGUGUGUUCAAUCUUGAUGAUAGCUCUCCAACUUCUUGGAAUAUACCCUAGUUGGGUCAGCUGGACAUUCACCAUCAUUUUAAACAUCUCGGUUUCACUUGCAUUGUACUCUCUUGUGCUCUUCUACCAUGUGUUUGCUAAGGAGUUGGAACCGCACAAACCCCUUGCCAAGUUCUUGUGCAUCAAAGGGAUUGUCUUCUUUUGUUUUUGGCAGGGUAUUUUACUUGAUAUUCUUGCAAAAUUGGGCGUCAUCAAAUCACACCAUUUCUGGCUCCAAGUAGAUCAGAUUGAAGAAUCUCUUAGAAAUACUUUGGUGUGUGUUGAAAUGGUUUUCUUCUCUGCCGCUAUGCAAUAUGCAUACAGUGUUGAACCUUACAGAGACGAUGAUGCUUCAUCAACCGUCAAAGACAAGAAAAGAGAAUAGUUUAUAACACCCAAAUCUGUCUGUGGGAAUGUUAUUAUGGUGGAUUUCUUUUUCGGUCGUUGUAGCCAUUUCACGGGUGCAAACUAGCGAUGUCAUUUCUGUUUUCUACAACUGUAGUUACAGCAAUUUGGUGGUCUCUGUAAUGGUGAGAUUUCCCAUCUGAGUGUACAAGCAUGUAUAACCCACUACAUGUUCUCUUUCUUCUUUUGUCCGAGUUAGCUCGACUAAUUUCAGGACCCUGAAUUUAUUA